AUUCGGCCAACCAAAUUAAGCGGCGUAAUCCAAAUAAAAAUAUAACCUCUAUAAUUUCUCAUUCAUAUUUCAUUUCAUUUAUGCAGUUUUUGUACUCAGUUCGCAAACUAUUUAAUUUUUUUGGAUCUAGUAAAAUUCGUUCACUAGUAAAUUGUGCAAAAGUUAUAAUGUCUUUGGAGCAAGCGAAACAAGUGGCGGCAUACCGUGCGAUCGACGAAUAUGUGAAAAACAAUAGUAUUUUCGGCGUAGGAAGCGGAUCAACGGUUGUAUAUGCGGUGCAACGUUUAUCCGAGAGAGUUGAAACAGAGAAUCUCAAAGUGGUCUGCAUUCCAACCUCAUUCCAAGCGAAACAACUUAUAAUUAAACAUAACCUUUUACUGGGAGAGCUUGAUACUAAUCCGGAAAUAGAUGUUACUAUUGAUGGUGCUGAUGAAGUUGAUUCCAACUUGACACUGAUUAAAGGGGGUGGAGGCUGCUUGUUGCAAGAGAAAAUUGUAGCUUCAUGUUCCAAAAAGCUCAUUGUUAUAGCAGAUUAUACUAAGGACUCAAAAAAAUUAGGUGACAGGUAUAAAAAAGGCAUACCUGUUGAAGUGAUUCCUAUGGCUUAUGUUCCUAUUCAAAAUAAAAUUAAGUCUAUGUUUGGUGGUGAGAUAAAAUUACGCAGUGCAGUUGCCAAAGCAGGUCCAGUAGUGACUGAUAAUGGCAAUUUCAUCCUUGACUGGAUGUUUCCUAAUCAAGACUUGGACUGGGAAAAGGUGAACAAAUCUAUUAAAAUGAUUCCAGGUGUAGUGGAAACUGGACUCUUUGUGAGAAUGUGUGAGAAAGCAUAUUUUGGUCAACCAGAAGGAACUGUUGUUGAAAGAUCUGCUUAGAUUUAAUUGUUAUUUUUUGUUUACUAUUUAAGAGGAAAUCCUAAGCUUUCAUAUAUUUUUUCCUUAAUCAAAAUUAUCAUUUAAAUUGAUAAAACUUAAAACUAUUACACUUGGGUACAUUUGUACUACACUACUACUCAUGCGUUUUGUGUGAAUGAAUGAUUUAUUUAUUUAAUCUUCUGUCUUAAUCAUCACCGAGCACGAAUUACCUAUAUACGCCACGUAAUAUGAGCGUAACAUGUCUAUUGGUAUGUCAUGGGUAAAAUGAUUGAAAAUUCAGGAUAUUAAAAA